UCGCCAGUUACUUAACGAUCAGCGUUUUCCAUAUCGUGUGUAUAGCUUUUUCUAAAAUAAAUAAAUAAAAAGCAUUGGUGUAGGUCGUUCUUAUAAUUAUCGAUCCGUUAUACAUAAAGAAUACAGUGACUGUGUUUUGGAAUCAUGAAAUAAUCGUGGUUCCUUCACGCCCGGUCCACACGUAAUGUUGCGUACUAUUAAUGUUGCGCUGCAUAAUGCGAUGACUCUGUGCGUAACGGCAGAGUAGUCUUAAACUACCGAGGCGAACCAAUACCCAGUAGUUGGUCUGACAGCGUGGUGUCAUUUUUUAUUUUUUUGGGGAAAAAAGGGGGAAAUAAAUCUCAGCGUUUAGGCACCUGACCGUGUGUACAGUACAGGAGGUGUGUAGUUAGACGCAACAGUGGGCGCCGCGCACACGGCUUGUUUGCAUCACGGAGGUGCGUGUAACCAACGCGGGCAGGCGUGCAGACAGCGUGUGUUUAUCAUAAAAGCACCGCCGGGUCGCCUCGACCAGCGAGCGAGCAGCACCGUGCGCCCACCUGCAGAUCCCCUCCUCCUCCUCCAUCCUGGGAAAUGGCGUUGCUACAACUGAAGCGGCGCUUGGCGUCCGUGGUAGCAUCGGCAGACGUCAGGGGCUGUGCUGCUGCUGCACACCCCCGCGUAUAAAUGCCGGGAGCCCCGCUGCCCUGCCAUUGAGCUGCUGGGGCAGACCGGGGCUGGAGCAGCAGCAGCGAUGGCCGACACGCUGCGCAGGCUGGUGAGCACCUCCUCCUUCAGCGCCCUGCAGGACAAGCUGGACUCCUGGCUCAAGGACUAUCAUCUCCUCUCCUGCGACCAGAACCUGAACCGGUGCUGCGAGCUGGUGGAGCUGACGGCCCGGGUGCAGGGGCAGCUCUUCGCCGUGCUCAGCCAGACGGCCAGCGAAGGAGGCCACUAUGCCGGAGUGGAGACCCUGAAGUCGCGCCUCCUGCCCUGGCUGGGCUCCUGCUUCGCCCUGGGCUCCGCGGGCGUGAGCGCCGACACCAGCCUGAGCCUGAUCCAGGAGUCCGUGGAGAAGGAGAAGAGGAUCCGGGACCUGUCUCAGUCCCACGAGCACGAAAUCCACAAGAUGGAAUCGCAGCUGAGCUCCACGCGCCUGGAGCUGGACUCCGUCAGACAGGAGCUGAGGGCGGCCUGUGACCAGGCGGACCUGUACAAGAGGAAGCUGGACGUCCUGGACGAUUACGAACGACAGAUCCGCCUGCUGAAGGACGAGGUGUCUUUCCUGACGGCGGAGAAGUCCUUGCUGCGGGACAGGCUAACGAGGAGCCGGUCCCCCAGCCCGCUGCCCCGACGCAGCCGGUCCCCCAGCCCACUGCUGAGGAGCGACUCCCCAACUCGCGCCCAGCUCACCAGCUCCUCCCGCCACGCCCGCCUGCUCUCGCGCUUCGGCGAUCUCUACUCCACCGAGCGCCUGGAGGCCCAGAACCUGCUGCGCCGCUACAUAGACGAGCUGGAGAUGGUGCAGAGGAUCAUCUUUAUAGGCACUGUGGAGGCCUUCCAUGCGGCAAAGAUGGCCUACAGGCAGUUCAAGCUGCGAGUGAGGAAGACCCUCUCUCCCACACACGCGGGCCCGGAGUCGCUGGAGGAUGCUGUGGUGGACUACAUCGUCCGGAACCUGGACCUCUACGACGUCCAGGCCAGCGUGAAUGACGUGAUCAGCGCCAUGAACGUGCACCCCAAGAUCUCCUUCCCGCCGGAGGUGGACUUCAUCCUCCUGGGCAGCUUCCUGCGCGAGGUGUGCCGCGUGGCCUUCGCCAUGCAGACCCUGGAGCCGCCGCUGGACCUGGCCUUCAGCACGGACGGGGAGCUGUACAGCGAGAGCAAGUACCGGCGCAGCUUCGACUCGGAGUACUCGGCCCCGCUGGUGGCGUACCACGUGUGGCCGGCCCUGGUGGAGGGAGACGCGGUCAUCAUGAAGGGAGAGGCCGUCACCCGGCGGGGCGCUCUGUGGUCCCCCAGGAGAAGCAGGAGUAGGAGCUCCAGCCCUGUGCGCCCGCGGUCGCGAGCCGGCAGCCCCUCUCGACCUCUGUUACCUCUUUAUCCCCAGAGGGUCCGGGAGCUGGACUCCAUCCUGGCGGACACUGGGUGCAAGGUGCACGCGAGUCCACAGGGGGGCGCACACGCGCACGUGCAGGAGACACUGUACGGGUGCCGAUCGGCCCACACAGCAGAAGCAGGGCUCUGGACUGCGACUCCCUCUUCCCUGCCCAGCUCCGCCUCUGACGCUGGGAAGCUGUGCCAGAUGUUGGCAUCCUUUCCCAGUUGUGCCCGUAACCGGACAUGAAGGGGAACACGAGCAGAGAGCGACCGGGAUGAAUACGAGGUUUACUGAUCAUGAACCAUGAAGAGACGGAAAGUCAAGGGAUGUUUCUUUACAUUUCGCCAAGUUACAUUGAAAACUUUGUCAACUCCUGCAUACUGCCUCAUCUUUUAUAUCUAAAGAGCACAAGAGGUACUGUGUCUGAAUUGUCCAGUAUCAGCUGUGUUUUAAUCACUUAUACCUGGGGUAAAACAUGAAAACUUUCUUUUAGAAUCAUUUACUCACGUGCUGCUGUUUAAGCUCUUUUUAAUCUCUGAACAUCUUAAACAUUUUCCUGGGUGCAUGAACUGUCAACUGAAAAAAAAACUCACAGAUGGGGACACAUGAGUCUCUAAAGCAGUUAGCAGAAAGCCUUUGGAAUAAAGUCACAAAAGCUUUAAGCUUAAAGACAUCCAGAUUGGUGAGGGGUUUAAAGGAUAUAUUUCUGGCAUCUCAAAAUCCUGACUCAACAUUAUAUUUGCUUCAGUAUCAUUUCUAUGUUUUCCUUGAUCAUUUUGUGCUUUUCUGGAUUUAAUGGGUUUUGGAAAGUGAUGCAGACGUUUCUUCCAACCUCUCCGGUCCCACAGUAAUAUUGGGAACAGCUCACAGCACAAGUACUGACACCAAUAGCUGUGGUAAUGGAUUUUGAAUGAAAUACUUUCUCGUGAGUUAUUAAAAUUGAAUCAUAGCCCUGCGGACAUCUUUCUCCCCACAUCCUGCUUGAUUUUAAAGUUGUUUUCUGGAUAGGCAGAUCACUCGGAGUAAUGGAGAUCAUCCUGAGAAAGUCUUCAGAGAGUGAUAUACCUUCAGACAACCUGCACACUGGCACCACUGCAGAGCUGCCAGCCUUCAGGCAAACUGUAUACCUGUAUAGGAUUUUAUUUUUGAAAUAUCUUUCAAGUACCUGGAAGGAUUGGAGAUACAGCAACAGGGAUAUUGUGAUACUUCGGUGUAAUGUUUUAAGACAGUAGAAUGGACUUUUCUGUUUACCAGCUCUACACAGUGAAAAACAGCACAGUAAUAGCACAGACGGGAUGUAUUUCUGGAAACGAUUGAUCUGAACUGCUUGUCUGGUUUAAAACAACAACGUCGUUUUAACCGCGGUCUUCGGAAGAAGAGCGCUCCUCUCCUUGGGGACAUUGACGAGCGUGGCUGUUGGUCACUUAUUGGGGGAUCUGUUUCCCAAAUAAUCAUGAUAAACAGUACCGGCGUCUCCAAAGGCAAGCAUCGCUCUCAUGUGCACAUUUUGUCCUGCGUAUGUCCUCUUUAUGGUGAUUGACAGAUGUGUCAGGGCAGAGCCGGGGCGUCUGAGGAGCCCUGGAGGCUUGUGGGUAUUUCUGUGAUGUUGUGAAGACUCUGUCCUCCAGCCUGUGACCUGGCCAGCGCUGGGGUUUUAGCUGCUAACCUGAACCACAACUGUUCAAUAACUAGACAACAGUUAUUGUCUUGACCAGAGAACUUUCUGGUCAGUAAACAGUCUUGCAUUUACUGGCAAACGUGUAUAGAAAUUUCAGAAAAAGCUUUUCCACAGGCCAGAUGCAUAGUUUUUGAGGAAAAUUAAGUCCCUCAGGGCAGAUUUGUCCCACAGGUCCUGAACGGAGUUAAUGAGAUAUUCGGCUCUGGCAUUCCUGCUACAGUUUUUAACUACUCGGAAAAGGAAAAACAGUCGAAGCCGCUCCUGAACGCAGGAGCCGGAGGAGUGACAGUUCAGGCCAGCAGUGUGUUCUGAGCUCUCAGGAGCCCUGGUCUUCCCAUCUUCAGCGGGUGCUGUCUGCAGGGCGCCUGUGUCACAUGAGGACGAGCAGCUGGAGAGA